CCCCUGUGAAAUGAAAAUGUUUGCGUAUUAGGUAUUAUCAGGAGUCUUUGCACCACUGUAUUCUGGAUCUUCAAACUAUCAGCACUCAAUUAUUAUUCCAGGACAGGUUUUUCUUUUCUCUUUUAUCCCAGUGAGACGGAUUAAUUUGCGACUUAUUUUCCUAUCCUGUUGCUUCAUGAAAACAGUGACCAUGUUGCGGAGAAGAAGUGAGUUUUUUGUUUUUCUGGACAGUGCUCUUUCUGUGAGUACACAAAAAGAGGAACAGAAAGAAGAGCCACCGCUGAGCCCUAGUGACGAGUAUCUACAGGUGCUACUGCAGAUGAAAACGACCAGUGCUGAUCAGUUUGACAACUUGGAAAAGCAUACACAGUGGGGGAUCGAGUUUGUGGAAAAGUACACCAAAUUUGUCAAGGAGAGAUCAGAAAUUGAAACCAACUAUGCAAAACAGAUUAGGAAUCUAUCAAAGAAAUAUCAGCCCAAGAAGAACUCCAAAGAAGAAGAAGAGAGCAAGUACACCUUCUGUCGAGCCUUCCUAACAACACUGAACGAGUUAAAUGAUUACGCAGGUCAACACGAAGUUAUUUCUGAGAACCUGACAUCUCUUAUCAUCACCGAACUUGCGCGCUACCUACAAGAACUCAAGACUGAGAGAAAAUCGCACUUCCAUGAUGGGCGUAAGGCACAGCAGCACAUUGAAAGCUCGUGGAAACAGCUGGAAGCGAGUAAAAAACGGUUUGAGAGGGAGUGUAAAGAGGCAGAAAGAGCACAGCAGUACUUUGAGAAGAUGGAUGCUGACAUUAACGUGACUAAGGCUGACGUGGAAAAGCGAAGUUUCCAUAAGGCACGACAGCAAGCUCAGAUGAGGCACCAGAUGGCUAGUGACAGUAAGAGCGAAUACGCCGCCUACCUGGAGAAGUUCAACAAGGAACAGAAUGAACAUUACUAUACAAUUAUUCCCAACAUAUUCCAGAAACUUCAAGACAUGGAGGAGAAAAGAAUUGAGAGGAUAUCAGUGUGCAUGAAGACAUUUGCAGACGUGGAUCGCCAGGUGCUGCCCAUUGUGGGAAAAUGUUUAGAUGGCAUGACAAAUGCUGCCGAGUCCAUUGAGCCCAAGGCUGACUCUAAGCAGGUGGUGGAGUCCUUCAAGUCUGGUUUCGAGCCCCCAGGAGAUGUAGAGUUUGAGGACUAUGGCCAGGCCAUGAAGAGGACAGUAUCUGAAACCAGCCUGUCCAACACCAAAGAGAGCAAAGAGAAGCCUGGUGUCAAGGCCAAAAGCAAACUGUGGCCUUUCAUUAAGAACAAGAACAAGCUUAUGUCCCUGUUAACGUCCCCCCACCAGCCCCCACCUGCCCCCCCAGCCUCAUCCCCACCCUCACCCUCUGCUGUUCCCAACGACCCCCAGUCUCCCAAGCAGCACAAGGAGCCCCUCUCCCACCGCCUCAACGACUUCAUGGCCUCCAAACCCAAAAUGCACUGCCUCCGGAGCCUGAGGCGAGGGCAACAAUCUCCGCGCUCUCUCAUUUAUCACAAAGAGCUAAUGAAGAGGACUCUGGGCAGACCCACGUAUGCUUUUGAAGCAAGGCAAUAUGUUCUUUCUCUCAAGCUGAUCACACUCAAUUCCCACGUCCGGAAUCUCAUUGAGGGUUCUGUACCGGAGGACUUCAGUCACCUGCCGCCAGAGCAGAGGAGGAAGAAGCUGCAGGGCAAGAUCGAUGAGCUGAGUAAAGACAUACAAAAAGAAAUGGACCAGAGAGAUGCUUUGACUAAGAUGAAAGACGUGUAUAUAAAGAACCCUCAGAUGGGAGACCCGGCCAGUGUGGACCCCCGGCUAACAGAAAUAGGUCAAAACAUUGAGAAGUUCCAGUCUGAAGUACAGAAAUUUGAGGGCUGGUUAGCAGAGGUGGAGGAGAGGAUGCCGUCUAAGAGUGAUUCACACCGGAAAAGCGGACUCUAUGAGACCCAGAAUAGCACAACAGUGAGCAACAACUGUGCACAGGACAGAGAGAGGCCCCUGAGCAGCCCGGAUGGCAGCUACACAGAGGAGCAGAAUUCAGAGGUUCAGGUCAAAGCCCAACCCAUCCCCACCCCAACCACCACGACGGAGUUCGAUGACGAGUUUGAUGAUGAGGAGGUCCUGCCUACCAUCGGCACCUGCAAAGCCUUGUAUCCCUUCGAAGGUCACAAUGAGGGCACCAUCUCCGUGGCUGAGGGUGAGCUGUUGUACGUCAUAGAAGAAGACAAAGGAGAUGGCUGGACACGCGUGCGGAGGAACGAGGAUGAGGAAGGAUACGUGCCCACAUCCUACGUUGAAGUGUUUUUGGAAACGAAUGCCAAAGAUUCCUAAAAGUGUGAGGCUGGCUGAGGAAUGGCAGGGCAAGCAGCCUCGGAGAAACCACCACGUUCCUCACAUGCUCACAGAGUCAGAGAGAAAGAUGACCUGAGUCUAAAAGAAAGAGAGACGGCCGAUUAGAACGCAUCUGAAUUUUCCAAACAAACAAACAAAAAGUUUAGACAGAACGCAUCGAAAAUUUAGUGCUCAUAACUUCUCCAUUUUUAACCCCCAUUCAGCAGUCACAGCCGCAGUACACAAACGGCUUUAUGUUGUUUGCAGCAACGCUUUGCUUUUUAAUGAAACUAACUGCUCGCACCAUGUGCGGUCAUGACUGAGGCUGCUGGCUUCCCUGGCUCUGCCACUUCUCUUUUUUCCUUCCCUUUGCCCUGUGACACACAAACACACACACAUACAUGAAGGAGGGUGUGGUCAGAGACAGGACGGAGACCGACAGGAGCGGACGGACAGAAGAAACAGGUGGAUGAAACGCUCGCUCGCUCACUGACUCGAGACAGAAUCAUCCCAGCUUCAUCUGACGCCACAAGAUGCUCAUACUCACGCCUUCCACUUAAAUCAGCUCUGUAUUUGCAGGUUUCACUUAACUGGAAUCAGAAGAACUGAAGGUGCUAAUCAUCUGUCUUUGUCUCCUGUGCUUCUCAUGUACGUUCGUUUGAUCUCAGUGGUCGUUGGUCUUUUGUGUCACAGUUUCCACUUUCCUCCUCACCAAGAUCACUUCCACAUAUCCAGGACCAGCUGAAGGGGCAGAACUCUAGAUGAUGGUGUCAUCCACCAUCCAUACCAUCCAGCCAUUUCUUGUUCUGUCACUGGUGCCUGUUCCUCUCUCUGACCACACCCCACCCCCUUCCUCACCUCCACAGCCCUUCCCCCCUCCCUCAGGCUAUGGCGGCUCAGGCUAGCUCCCAUGGCUGCUUUAAGCCUUUUUUUGUUUUUUCUUUUCUUUUGCAACAGGGCGGGGGUCCCUCAGCAUUGUGGUGUGCUGCAUGCUUGCCCUGUCUUCCUCCUCGCCCCUGUGCUGGCGGGUUGGAGGAGGCGGUGGGGGUGUUAAGCCUGCUUACGCCCCUUCCCUCCAGCCUUUAAGUUCAGUUAACCCUCAUUGCCUAGUCAUACUGUUUGAAUUAACCUGAAUGCUAUUGUUUGGGUUUGGUGCCUGUGGGUCUUUUUUUUUUCUUCUUUUUUUUUAAUUACGUACAUGUUUUUUCAGUCAUCUGUUCAGAAAGCAUGUUUCCCUGUUUUUAACAGAAAGUAAGUGAUCUCAAAUUUGUGUAGUUUAAUCACAAAAAAGGACGAUAGGAACCCAAAGUGUCAUUAUGUUUUUUGUUUUUUUCUUUUUUCCUGAAUGAUCUCAUGCAUAGAUAGGUCAAGGUUGUUUUGUUUUUUUGUAAGUACAGUACGUAUGAGAAGUGUUAGUUUGCUAUGUUUUGAUCAGAGCGUCUAAUGCAAGUUGUUAGUUUAAAGUUAAUCACCUUGUGGAAGUGGCUCCACUUGGUCCAAGCAGCACCCAAAAAUGAAACCUAUGAAGAUAUGAGUUACACCCGAUGUUUGUAACAAGCUCCACCUACUGUCUACUGUAUAUGAAAAUAUACUGUGAUCGUUUUCCUGUGAGUUUUUGACUGAAAUGUGACAACACGCCGAUCAUCACCCGUUUUGGGCCUUAACCAGGUUUCACUGAGAGGAGGAACGAUGCUGACGUUCGCUGUGGUAUGGUGAGGAGACGAAGAUGUGAUUAUCUCGAGGGGGCAAAUUUCUAAUCAUGAAACUGUCAGGGUAGAGAAAUGAUGUCCACUGAUUCCCCCUGCUCAAUGGCACAUAAUGCACGUGAUUUUUUAACAUUUUUGUUUCAUAUAUGACGAGUGAAGAUUCUCUUUUUCUUCCUUUUUUUUCCUCUCUUCUUUUUUUAAAGCUGGAAUGAUAUGUUGUUGCUUAUUGUACCUGAAUGGGACUAAAAUCCCUUAACUGCAAACAUGAGUAACCGUUACAUUGUUUUUAUGUUUUGGAUGAAGCCAUCGUAUAUUUGUCUAAUGCAGAAUUUUAUGAACACUCCCCGUGUGGAGGAAUGAUGGACGUACUGAUCAUUUGGACUGCCGAUGUAAGGAAUGAUCAAAUCCCUGCUGAAUCAAAUACCACGUUUGCUUUCGCCCCUCUCAUCGCUUCACACAUCACGGUGAUCAAACAAUGUCUGGCAAAUGAUAUGAUUAAAUCUGAUGAGGCAGCAGUAGCUUUAGGGCAGGCUUUGCUCUGACACGAAACCACCACAAACCUUUUCUGUCGAUGCCCCAGAAUAACCCGCGUGUACAGUGGAAAUGGCGUGAUGGAAUUAGAGAAAAUAUAUAUGAGUAUAUAAAUAAAGUUUAAAAAGGAAAACAUCUAUUUUAACUAUGGAGAGUCUUACCAUUACUUUAUCUGCUUUGCAAAGUAAGACUUCUUUUCCUUUGUAAGGUCUACCAGAUGGUGUGUUUUUGCACUUUUUCGUUUGUGUUCCAUUCGGUAGGCCACAUGCUUGUGUUUUGGAGCACUGAAUACUUUGUAUUGUGUUUACUGUGCCAAUUAAAUAUGCCUGGAGAGUAAACGGUG